AUGGAGGUGACCCAAUAUACGUUCCUGGUGGUCCUAGUGUGGAGUUCAUUAUGUACAAAUGCACAGUGGAAUAACCCAAUAAACUACUCUCCCUUCGACGAGAUAAACAAAGGUGAAAACUCGAAGGUGACAUGGAGUGUGUCGCUGUCAUGUGUCUUCAUUAGCAUCCUCGUGUUUGUGUUGUUUAAGCUACGCGCGUGUUGUUGUUCUUCUUCCGGACGCCGUAACACUACAAAGCUCGUGGCAGCAGCCACAGAAACGAUUGAAAAGUGCCCUGUUUUUGAAUACUCGACGGCGAAGGAGCUUAAAGUGGGGAAUGGGACAGAGGAGUGCGCGGUGUGCUUGGUCGAGUUCGAAGACUCUGACACCAUUAAGAUGCUCCCAAAAUGCCAACACGUUUUCCACCAGCAUUGCAUCGAUACAUGGUUACCCUCUCGCAUGACCUGUCCCAUUUGUCGCCAGAAACUCACGUCUGAGGAUAAUACCGUAAUCGACGUUGUUGAUGUCGUCGUCCCAACGGAACAACAAGAACAUGAUGAUACAGAGUCUACAGAGUCGGAGGUGGCAGUAACAGCAGCAGAAGAACAACCUCAACCUGAUGAAACUGCAGAACAUGAAACCGACACUGAUCACAGUACUGUUGUGGAACAGGUGGUUGAAUUUGAGGUUGUUGCCUGA